UGUCUUUCUCCCCUUCCCCUCCGCCGACUCCUAAAAUCCCCAACCCGACCCGAGCCGCGGCUCCUGACGAAAAUCAAUCCUCCAUCCAUCGUCGUGCCCUAGCGCUACCGCGGCCUCGCCGCCGACGCCUCAACCACCCCCCGGACGAGCCCCUCGCCUCUGCCGCGCGUCGCCGCCGCCGUCGACGUUCCUGUCCUACCUCGCCGCGUAGUCGCGGACCCUGCCCCCGCCCUACUCCGUCCGCGACUGCGCCGUUGGUCUUCGAGGAUUUUCAGACUUGCUGGUCUUGUAUAACCUUUUCUUCGUGGGUGUAUCAAGAUGUCUGGAAAUGAUUCUCAGGCUGCAGCUGACAGAAUAAAGGCACAGGCCUUAUCAAAUGCAAAGGGAUUGAGCAGGGCUCAAGCCGAACGUGCAGCGGAAGCUGCCGCUCGCAAUGUCAAUGCCUAUGGGCAGAAGGAAGAGGGACCAAGUCGCUGGCAGGAGAGGAAGGAAGCGAAGAGGCAGAUGUAUCUGAUGAGUACAGAGAAGGCUGUGAGGCUGGGUGUGAGACCAAAUGCUGCACCAGCUUCUGCAACUGCUGGGGGCCAAUGUCAGAAGUGCUUCCAGCCUGGGCACUGGACAUACGAGUGCAAGAAUGAACGGGUCUACAUAUCGCGGCCCUCCAGGACGGAUCAGCUUAAGGACCCCAGGUUGAAGAAGGCGUGGCUGCCGGCACCCUCUCAGUUCGUGAACCCUGAUCUGGAGAAGGAGAUGGAGGAGGAAAGGAAGCUGAUGCGAGAAAAGCUGAAGAAGGAGAAGUCUGAGAAAAGGAAGGCAAGGAGCAAGUCAAAGAGCAAGAGGAAACAUCGCGCCUUGGUGUCUGACUCCGACUCAGACUCUGAAUCAUCGGGGACCGGCUCCGAGUACUCUUCUGAGAGCGGCAGCUCAAGCUACAGCUCCUCAGACUCGGAGGACAAGAAGAAGCGCCGACGCAAGACGAUGCAAAAGAAGAGAAGGCAUCGGAGGGACAGCACGUCGUCGUCCUCCUCUAGGUCUGAAUCUGAGUCCGAGUCUGAUUCUGAUUCUGACGGCAAGGGCAGCCGGAAGAAGAGCAAGAAGCGCGGCGACAAGCGCCGAUCCUGAAGAACCGGAGAAGGCGCCAGAUGCGGCCGAAUACUGCCCACAUAUCAUGUGCUUUUCAGUGCAGCCGUGGCUUCGAGUGCCGAGCGCCCUCUCAAGAGAUAUAUUGCAAAUGUAUCAGUUGAUUUCCUGAACGCUAGAUGAUUUCCUGUUAUUGUUCCCCCUGUGCUAAGUAGUACUCUCUUUUAUCCUAAAGAUUACUAAGAACUUGGAAGUGCUUGAAGCUAUAGAUUGUUUCCUACCCUGUGAUGCCUGUGAGCAGCAGCAAAUCCUGCAACUAUAUUCAUCAUCAUCUGUAAGCUUGUUGUGCUUGACUGCUGUGUAAUAAUCGUUUGAUAUUGUUUUUGUGAAGAUAAAUCAUUUUGACCUUA